CAUUAGUGCAGACUGCUGUGGAGUUAGGUUCUUGCAGGAUUUCCUUCCAGCCUUUCCCUACUAAGGUUCUUGGGAAUUAAAAAAAAAAAUCUAAACACACAAACCAAGUUUUCCUAUUUACUGUGUUCAGGGAAGGUGGGCAUUUCGGAAGGGCAGAUACGAUCCCAAGUUGUCUAAGAAGCAGAGAACUGCGCAAAGAAGCUCUGAUUACAGAUCUUUGGAAUUUUCUUUCUAAAUUUUACAAACGAGAAAUACACCCAGAAUUUUGGGAAUUGCUCCAGGCUGCGUGUGAGGGUUUGAUUGCUUGUCUAAUCUUUUUUUGAGAAGAGAAGAAUUCGCCAAAAGGGGCUUGGAUGGCAGGAGCCCGGCCGGGUUUCUGUGGCAGUUCGUGCCGUGGGUCUCUGCUCUGAGGGGACUGCGGCGGAUCCGAGAGCUCCUGCCGCUGGCUGCGGGGCCCUGUCGCAGGCGCGGGUCGGGGAACAUGCCCCGCUCCGGCCCGAGUGCGCCGCUGGCCGCCGGGACUCCCUAGCCCCGUGGGAGCGCGUCGUGGCCGCGGCACUUCGCACUGAACCGAAGACGAAGACGGUCCGUCCUCUCCCGGGCUCUUCCCCCUCGCUGUGAACACGGGAAAGAACUAGGGGGUGAAAGGAGGCAGCAUGACUUGCAGUCGCCGCCGCCCUGCGUCUGCCCCCAGCCCCCAGCCCACAUCUUGAUGCGCCCCGGGUCGGCUGUACAAAUAUGAUGAAAUGGCAGCCCCGGAAGAAGGCAUACUUCCGACAGGGUGUUGCCCUCCAGUACCUUGGACGUCACGCAGAUGCCCUGGCAGCCUUUGCAUCUGGGUUGGCUCAAGACCCCAAAAGUCUCCAGCUCCUGGUGGGGAUGGUGGAAGCUGCCAUGAAGUCUCCCAUGAGAGACACCCUGGAGCCCACUUACCAGCAGCUUCAGAAAAUGAAACUGGACAAGAGUCCCUUUGUGGUCGUGUCUGUGGUUGGGCAGGAACUUCUGACAGCCGGCCACCAUGGGGCCUCUGUGGUUGUCUUGGAAGCUGCUCUGAAGAUUGGCACUUGCAGCCUCAAACUGAGAGGCUCUGUCUUCUCCGCCUUGAGCAGUGCGCACUGGUCUCUUGGGAACACAGAGAAGAGCACUGGGUACAUGCAGCAAGACUUGGAUGUAGCCAAGACCUUAGGUGACCAGACAGGAGAAUGCCGAGCUCAUGGGAAUCUAGGCUCUGCAUUCUUUUCCAAGGGAAAUUACCGAGAGGCCCUCACAAACCACAGGCAUCAGCUGGUGCUCGCCAUGAAGCUCAAGGAUCGGGAGGCAGCUUCCUCAGCUCUGAGCAGUCUGGGCCAUGUGUACACAGCCAUCGGAGACUACCCCAAUGCUCUGGCCAGUCACAAGCAGUGCGUUCUUCUUGCCAAGCAGUCCAAAGAUGAACUUUCUGAGGCUAGAGAACUCGGCAACAUGGGAGCUGUGUACAUUGCCAUGGGUGACUUUGAGAAUGCCGUGCAGUGCCACGAACAGCACCUGCGAAUAGCCAAGGACCUGGGUAGCAAACGGGAGGAAGCCCGUGCCUACAGCAACCUGGGCAGUGCCUACCACUACCGCAGGAACUUUGACAAGGCCAUGUCCUACCACAACUGUGUGCUGGAGCUGGCACAGGAGCUGAUGGAGAAGUCCAUUGAGAUGCGGGCCUAUGCUGGCUUGGGCCAUGCUGCCAGGUGCAUGCAGGACUUGGAGAGGGCAAAACAGUACCAUGAGCAGCAGCUGAGUAUUGCUGAGGACCUCAAGGACCGGGCUGCGGAGGGCCGUGCAUCUUCCAAUCUGGGGAUCAUCCACCAGAUGAAAGGCGAUUACGACACAGCCCUGAAGCUCCACAAGACCCACCUGGGCAUCGCCCAAGAGCUGAGUGACUACGCGGCCCAAGGCCGUGCCUACGGGAAUAUGGGCAAUGCCUACAAUGCCCUGGGCAUGUACGACCAGGCUGUCAAGUACCACCGUCAAGAGCUGCAGAUCUCCAUGGAGGUGAACGACCGUGCCUCUCAGGCCUCCACUCACGGGAACCUGGCUGUGGCCUACCAGGCCCUGGGAGCCCAUGACCGGGCACUGCAGCAUUACCAGAACCACCUGAACAUCGCCCGGGAGCUGAGAGACAUCCAGAGCGAGGCCCGGGCACUCAGCAACCUGGGGAACUUCCACUGCUCACGAGGAGAGUACGUCCAGGCCGCACCCUACUACGAACAGUACCUCCGCCUUGCUCCCGACCUCCAAGACAUGGAGGGAGAGGGGAAGGUCUGCCACAACCUUGGCUAUGCCCACUACUGCCUUGGGAACUACCAGGAGGCUGUGAAGUACUACGAGCAGGAUCUAGCCCUGGCCAAGGACCUUCAUGACAAACUGAGCCAAGCAAAAGCCUAUUGCAACUUGGGCCUGGCCUUCAAGGCUCUGCUGAACUUCACUAAGGCUGAGGAGUGUCAGAAGUACCUUCUGUCCCUAGCCCAGUCCCUGGAUAAUUCCCAGGCUAAGUUUCGAGCCCUAGGGAACCUGGGUGACAUAUUUGUCUGUAAAAAGGAUGUAAACGGUGCAAUAAAGUUCUAUGAGCAGCAGCUGGGCCUGUCUCAUCACGUGAAAGACAGAAGGCUUGAGGCCAGCGCCUAUGCAGCCCUGGGUACCGCAUACCGAAUGGUCCAGAAGUAUGACAAGGCCUUGGGUUAUCACACACAGGAACUGGAGGUCUAUCAGGAACUGAGUGACUUGCCGGGGGAGUGCCGGGCUCAUGGGCACUUGGCAGCUGUCUACAUGGCCCUUGGAAAAUACACAAUGGCAUUCAAGUGUUACCAGGAACAACUGGAGCUGGGGCAGAAGCUGAAAGAGCCGAGUCUCGAAGCCCAGGUGUAUGGCAACAUGGGCAUCACGAAGAUGAACAUGAAUGUGAUGGAGGACGCCAUUGGCUACUUUGAGCAGCAGCUGGCCAUGCUGCAGCAGCUCAGUGGGAAUGAGUCUGUGCUGGACAGGGGUCGGGCCUACGGCAACCUGGGGGACUGCUAUGAGGCCCUGGGGGACUACGAGGAAGCCAUCAAGUACUAUGAGCAGUACCUGUCUGUCGCCCAGAGUCUGAACCGCAUGCAAGACCAAGCUAAGGCCUACCGGGGUCUAGGAAAUGGACACAGGGCGACAGGGAGCUUGCAGCAGGCCCUUGUGUGCUUCGAGAAGAGGCUCGUGGUGGCCCAUGAGCUCGGGGAGGCCUCGAAUAAAGCUCAGGCCUACGGAGAGCUGGGAAGUCUCCACAGCCAAUUAGGGAAUUACGAACAAGCCAUUUCCUGCCUUGAGCGACAGCUGAACAUCGCCAGGGACAUGAAGGACCGAGCCUUGGAAAGUGAUGCAGCCUGCGGCCUGGGGGGUGUCUACCAGCAGAUGGGGGAGUACGACACCGCCCUGCAAUACCACCAGCUCGACCUGCAGAUUGCAGAGGAGACAGACAACCCCACGUGCCAGGGCCGAGCCUAUGGGAACCUGGGUCUGACCUACGAGUCCCUGGGCACUUUUGAGAGGGCCGUGGUCUACCAAGAGCAGCACCUCAGCAUUGCGGCACAGAUGAACGACCUGGUGGCCAAGACGGUGUCCUACAGCAGCCUGGGGAGGACUCACCACGCCCUGCAGAACUAUUCCCAGGCAGUCAUGUACUUGCAGGAAGGUUUAAGGUUAGCCGAACAACUGGGUCGAAGGGAAGAUGAGGCAAAAAUCCGCCAUGGUCUUGGCCUCUCCCUUUGGGCAAGUGGAAACCUGGAGGAGGCCCAGCACCAGCUUUACAGAGCAUCAGCCUUGUUUGAAACGAUCCGGCAUGAGGCACAGCUGAGCACAGAUUACAAGCUCUCUCUCUUCGACCUGCAGACAUCAUCCUACCAGGCCUUGCAGCGGGUACUCGUCAGCCUAGGCCACCAUGAUGAAGCCCUGGCAGUGGCAGAAAGAGGGCGGACGAGGGCAUUUGCUGACUUGCUGGUGGAAAGACAGACGGGACAACAGGAUUCUGACCCCUACUCGCCCAUCACCAUCGAUCAGAUCUUAGAGAUGGUUAACGCCCAGCGGGGGCUAGUGCUGUACUAUUCCCUGGCCGCAGGCUACCUGUACAGCUGGCUGCUUGCUCCUGGGGCAGGAAUCCUGAAGUUUCAUGAACAUUACUUGGGUGAUAAUUCAGUGGAAAGUUCCAGUGAUUUCCAAGCCGGCAGCAGUGCAACCUUGCCCAUAGCAACCAGCUCCGCACUGGAGCAGCACAUCGCCAGCGUCCGGGAGGCCCUGGGGGUGGAGUCUUACUACUCCAGGGCCUGUGCCAGCAGUGAGACAGAAAGUGAAGCUGGAGACAUCAUGGAUCAGCAGUUGGAGGAGAUGAACAAGCAGCUUAACUCGGUAACCGACCCCACGGGCUUCCUGAGGAUGGUGCGGCACAAUAACCUCCUGCACAGGAGCUGCCAGAGCAUGACAAGCUUGUUCAGUGGUACGGUGUCGCCCAGCAAGGAUGGGACCUCCUCUCUCCCCAGGAGGCAGAACUCACUGGCCAAGCCCCCACUCCGUGCCCUGUAUGAUCUGCUCAUCGCACCCAUGGAAGGGGGCCUGAUGCACUCAAGUGGCCCUGUGGGGCGGCACCGGCAGCUGGUCCUGGUCCUGGAGGGAGAACUCUACCUUGUCCCCUUUGCUCUCCUGAAGGGCAGCGCCUCCAAUGAGUACCUGUAUGAGCGCUUUUCCCUCAUGGCUGUACCAUCUGUCCGCUCACUCGGUCCGCACUCCAAGUGUCACCUGAAGAAGACCCCACCCACAUAUUCCAGCUCCACCGCCAUGGCAGCUGUCAUAGGCAACCCUAAGCUCCCAUCGGCAGUGAUGGACAGGUGGCUGUGGGGGCCAAUGCCUUCAGCAGAGGAGGAGGCAUACAUGGUAUCAGAGCUUCUGGGCUGCCAGCCCCUUGUGGGCAGCAUGGCCACCAAGGAGAGGGUCAUGAGCGCCCUGACCCAGGCUGAGUGUGUCCACUUUGCUACCCAUGUCUCUUGGAAACUGUCAGCCUUAGUCCUCACCCCCAACACAGAGGGCAACCCCGCUAGCAGCAAGAGCUCCUUCGGCCACCCCUACACGAUCCCCGAGUCACUGCGGGUGCAGGAUGAUGCAAGCGAUGUAGAAAGCAUCUCAGACUGCCCGCCACUGCGGGAGCUGCUCCUCACUGCUGCUGACCUCCUGGACCUGCGGCUUUCGGUGAAGCUGGUGGUGCUCAGCUCCUCUCAGGAGGCCAACAGCCGGGUCACAGCAGAUGGCUUGGUGGCGCUGACACGGGCCUUCCUCGCUGCUGGUGCACAGUGUGUGCUCGUGGCUCUGUGGCCAGUACCAGUAGCAGCUUCCAAGAUGUUCAUUCACGCCUUCUACUCAUCCCUGCUGAACGGUCUAAAGGCCAGCGCCUCCCUGGGUGAGGCCAUGAAGGCAGUGCAAAGCAGCAAGGCCUUCUCACACCCCUCCAACUGGGCAGGUUUCACACUUAUCGGGACUGAUGUCAAGCUGAAUAACCCCUCGUCACUCAUUGGCCAGGCACUCACCGAGAUCCUGCAGCACCCGGAGCGGGCACGAGACGCCCUACGAGUGCUGCUACACCUGGUGGAGAAGUCCCUGCAGCGGAUCCAGAAUGGGCAGCGCAAUGCCAUGUACACAUCUCAGCAGAGUGUAGAGAACAAAGUGGGUGGCAUUCCCGGAUGGCAGGCUCUUCUCACUGCUGUGGGCUUCCGGCUGGACCCUGCUGCCAGUGGCUUGCCAGCAGCCGUCUUCUUCCCGACCUCAGAUCCAGGCGAGAGGCUGCAGCAGUGCAGUAGCACCCUCCAGGCCCUGCUGGGUCUGCCCAACCCAGCCCUUCAAGCACUGUGCAAGCUCAUCACAGCUUCAGAGACAGGAGAGCAGCUUAUCAGCCGGGCUGUUAAAAAUAUGGUGGGAAUGCUCCAUCAGGUGCUGGUUCAACUGCAGGCCUGCGAGAAGGAACAGGACUUUGCCUCUGCUCCCAUUCCGGUCUCCCUUAGUGUCCAGCUAUGGCGGCUCCCAGGGUGUCAUGAGUUCCUGGCAGCUCUCGGUUUUGACCUAUGUGAAGUGGGCCAAGAGGAAGUGAUCCUGAAAACCGGGAAGCAGGCUAGUCGGCGCACUACCCACUUCGCACUCCAGUCCCUGCUGUCACUCUUCGAUUCCACUGAGCUCCCCAAGCGCCUCAGCCUGGACAGCUCAUCCUCCCUGGAGUCCCUGGCGUCAGCACAGUCUGUGUCCAACACUCUGCCCUUGGGCUACCAGCACCCUCCUUUCUCGCCCACUGGGGCAGACAGCAUUGCCUCGGAUGCCAUCUCUGUGUACAGUCUCAGCUCCAUUGCCUCCUCCAUGAGUUUUGUGUCCAAGCCCGAGGUGGGUUUGGAAGGUGGGGCGCCCCGAGGACGGCAGGACUGUGAUAGGGCCAAGAGCACCCAGCCACAACGAGCCACCCUGCCACGGCGCCAGCUGUCCCCCCAGGCCAGACGUGGGGGCAGCAAGGAAGAAGAAGAAGAAUAUGAGGGAUUCUCCAUCAUCAGCAUGGAACCUCUGGCAACCUACCAAGGCGAUGGGAAGGCACGCUUCUCCCCAGACCCCAAGCAGCCCUGUGUCAGGGCACCAGGUGGUGUGAGGCUGUCAGUCAGCUCCAAGGGAAGUGUCAGCACUCCCAAUUCCCCCGUAAAGAUGACCUUGAUCCCCAGCCCAAACUCACCCUUCCAGAAGGUGGGGAAAUUGGCAAGCUCAGACACGGGUGAGUCGGACCAGUCUAGCACAGAGACUGACAGCACUGUGAAGUCCCAGGAAGAGAGUGCCCCAAAGCUCGACCCCCAGGAGCUGGCCCAGAGGAUCCUAGAGGAGACCAAAAGCCACCUCCUGGCAGUAGAGCGCCUGCAGAGGAGUGGUGGCCCAGCAGGCAAGGGCCCUGACCGAGAAGAUGGCAUGGUAGCACCCAACAGCACCACAGUCUUUAGGGCUUCUGAAACCAGCGCCUUCAGCAAGCCUGUCCUCUCCCAUCAGAGGAGUCAGCUGUCACCACUCACUGUCAAACCACAGCCCCCAGCCAGGAGCUCAUCCCUCCCCAAGGUGAGCAGCCCUGCCACAUCUGAGGUGUCAGGCAAGGAUGGCCUGAGCCCUCCUAGCAGCAGCCACCCGUCACCUGGCCGCGACACGCCAGCCUCCCCAGCAGACCCCCCACUCUUGAGACUCAAGUACCCCAGCUCUCCUUACAGUGCUCACAUUUCCAAGUCCCCCCGGAACACAUCUCCUGCGUGCAGUGCGCCGUCCCCUGCACUCUCCUAUUCCUCAGCUGGCUCUGCCCGCUCCAGUCCGGCUGAUGCCCCUGAUGAGAAGGUGCAGGCAGUGCACAGCCUCAAGAUGCUCUGGCAGAGCACUCCCCAGCCCCCCAGAGGCCCCCGGAAAACAUGCCGAGGUGCACCGGGAGCCUUGGCAUCCAAAAGAGAUGUCCUUAGCCUGCUAAACCUGUCCCCUCGGCAUGGCAAAGAGGAGGGCGGGGCAGACAGGCUGGAACUGAAGGAGCUGCCUGUGCAGAGGCAUGACGAGGUGCCGCCCAAAGUCCCCACCAACGGCCACUGGUACACGGAGACAGCAGCACUGACGUCUGGCGGCCUCAGCACCACAGCUGCCACACGUCCUCUGAGACUGCCCCUGUCCAACGGCUACAAGUUCCUGUCCCCAGGAAGGCUCUUCCCUUCUUCCAAAUGUUAAAGAUCUUCUUGCCCCUGACCCAGUGCACAGGACAGCCAGAGCCUCGGGCCCCUCACCUAGUGCAGUCACCCACACAGCCACUGAUACCAUCUCUCCUCGGACAGGUGGGCUCCCUGAGCAAGGUCCCUGCCGUGCCAAACACCACUGUGCCCACGGGGCCAGGUUGGUCAGAAGCAGGGCUUGCACAGGGUGGGAAUGGCAGUGCCUUCCCUGCCCCUUUGCUCCUGCUUGUGUCUUGGAUAUGCCUCUGCCACAGGACCUGUGGGAGGAAGGCGGCCCAGGCCUUGCCUCCAAGUCUCUAUGCACAUCUUUCCUACAGGAGCACAAACAGCUCUUGUUGGGCUUCCAGGUGCUGGUGGGACAUGUAACGUUCUAAGUUCAGUUCUGCACUGAUGCACUACAUUAGCCAAAAGGAGAACUAUGGUUUUUAAAAUGCCGAUUCUUUGUGAUUAAAUUUUAGCCAUUUGGUGGAUACCGAAGUCACAGCCACAAUGCAAUAACUCAUGUUGAAAGCGCUUGUGUCCCCAGCUGCUCCCAUGAGCUAGGCCAGGGGCCCUUUGACCCCACUGUUGGCCAAACUUGAAUUUUCUUAAAAAAAAAAAAAAAAAAAAUCUGUAUUCUUGUCCAGGCAUUUUAGAACUAUGCAAUUGUGGUUUAAAACACAACAUUGUGCUUUUAAAACAUAACUGACCUUUUUUGUACAUGGAUGAACACUUGGUUUUAUUAUCAAUAGUACUUUGCAUUUAUAGCUGUUAUUUUUAAAAGCUCAAGAAAUUUUAAAUGUCAAAUUUUGAAUAUCCAUCCAUAAGUAGUAAUCAAGUUUUACUGGGGGUAUGGUUGAAAUUAUUCAAUUUCCUUAUUUAAAAAAAAGAAAGAGAAAAAAGAAAAAAAAUAAAAAAAAGAGUCCCCUGGCUAGCUAGUCCACAACCCCAGCCACUUCAUCAGCUGCCUUGCUGCAUUUAUCCUCUUCUCCCUGCAAACCUGUCCUCUCUCCAUCUCCAGGGCCCACAGCCCUGCUGGUCUCCUGCGACUGCCUGCCACCACCUAAGUCAUUAUCAUCAACCUGGUCGGUCUGUACAGGCGCUGCAACACCACCAGGUCAGGGGAAGCCCUCCACAUCAGUACUGAGAUGAAGGCCCUUCCCUCCUCACUACGAAGGCAGUCAUCUGGGCCAAGGCCCAUCCUCACAGGGGUAUAGGGGCCUGGCAUCAUGACCCCAAGGGCACUCCUGACCUUGAGCAGGAUCUGACUUCGGUUUUGUUUCUGGUUGUGGCUUUUAAAAGCAGGGUCUUUAGCCCAAAGCUAGCCUUUCGUAUUUGCAGCAAUCCUUCUGCCCCAGCCUGCAGCACCACACCGAGCCAGGACCUCACUCUAUAGCCACUGACUGCUUUCUCCGCUUCAGUGUGCCCUUAAAAACUGGUUCUGUGUUACUCUAGUGAGUUUUGUCAUAGAGGAUUCUGCAUUUGACCCAACAAUGAUAAGGCUGUCACAUGCUAAGCUGGCCCCAGCCCUGGGAGAGAAGUAACUUCACGAGGCAGCAUGUACUAUCUUACGUUAGCAGGGAGCUAACUCGCCAUGUAGCAAAUGAAAACCAAACCCAGCACUGUGCAUUCCACUUGCAAAGUCAGGUCCUCGGCAACCGAGAAUCAACCUCAGCACAAAUGUAGGUGGCUGGGCUCUGUCCUCAGCCACCACCUCAGCCUCUCCCCCAAGUGCCCGGAGCCGGGCUCUUUGUGCUUUGUCCAGGGCGCAGCCCACCAUCAGCGAAUACCUCCAACCCCUCAGACCAUGUGUGGUUGUCAAACCAUGGAGGAGGACUCCCAGGCUGCCCUGGUGCCGUCCUAGGUACAUCGUUGUUUUCUGAAGAGCCAACGGUACCUGGGAUAUUUUUUAUUUGUCUUCAGUAUAAGUUUCAAUGAAGGAAAACAAAGUUAACAAAACGAUGGGACCAGUGUGCAGAUCUGAGUCAUCAUGUCGGUCUUGGUGAUUUCAUGCACGUGAAGUGAAGUCAAAUGAAGUUUUCAGCUACAUCGUAAAGAGGGACAUUUCGGAUCACGAGAGACUGUAUGAUUCAGAGUUCUGUAUGGGUCAGGGGUUGGCAACCGUGACCCACAAGCUAAAGUUGGUGAAUGAGUUUGAGGUUUUGUUUGUUUUGGCCAUAAGCCAAUGAUGGAUUUUACCUUUUAAAGUGGUUAAUAACUACAACACAAGUCUUGAUUUUUGCCUCUUGGUUCACAAAGCCUGACGUCACCUAUUACUCAGCCUUUUAAAGGAAAGGUUGACAAGUCCUGGCGUACGCAACAGAAAAUGCAACUGAAAUUUUCCCACAGCCAGGAAGCAUUCAAGGAAGCAGGGGAGAGCGACUGGCCCAGGAGGCUCACAGUUGGUGCAGGCGGCUCCCACCUAGCUCUUAGCCCUUCAUCCUGUGUGGGAGGGGCCACCGGACAUAGAUCAAAGUUACAGAAGUAGUCUCCACUCCCCUUUGCUGGUAGUCUAGAGAUGUUCCCUUAAGCUCAGGAAAUAAAACUUUUUAACAAAUUUUUUCUUAAAUGCUCUACCCUGUUCUACCAGACAAAGACAUGCCCCAGACAAGCAGCAGCUUCCUCUUGGAGCUUAGUGGGACCACAAAGCACGGCCUUCAGCUGCCCCAGCUCUCACUAGUAAUGACCCCUAACUGCAAACACACCAGAAAACCACCUACAGAAGCUUCCCUUUGACACACAUUGUUCUGCAGCAAUGUGCAGGUCUCACCUUCCUCCCUUUUUUAAAAGUAAAAAAUCAGUGCACACUGAUGGGAGGUGAGGUGCUGCCCCCAGGCCCAGCUGUCCCCAGCACACACAGCAGCUUUGGUGAGCCUUAGCUGCGCACGUUGUGGGGAGCCAAACAGCAACAGUGCGGCUUUUCCUCACAGUUUGUGUCAUGUGAACUGACUGUACGUGUGCUUGUGAACUGGGCCUGUUUGUAGCGCCUCCUUCAGAGAUGUCCAUGCCAGCACUCACCCACCCCGUUCUGGGCACCUCCCCACUUGGCAUUCACGCUCCUUAUAUGCAUUGUUAGCCACCUUUGGCCUACAUGGACUUUUUUGUAAAUUACACAAUUUCCAGACAGCAUUAAACUUUUUAUAUUAUAAAAUUUGCCAUGUAAAAAGAACUUCAUAUUUUUAUUGAGGCUGCGGGCGCUUGGCCCUUCCUUUGUGAUUCAGUGUCUAUUAAAGCAUGAGCCUGUCAGUUUUAAA